AUGUUAGAACUUUUACCAAUAUCAUUUACAUUUACAUCAUUAGUAAAAAUUCUUAUAAUUCUUGGUAUUACUAUGUUUCUUGGUAAGGUAUGGUAUUCACCGAUAGGUUUUCAAAAACAAUGGAUGAAUGCAAUGCAAUGGAAAGAAGGUGAUUGUGAUGAAUGUCAUACUAUGGGUAUUGUUAUGGCAAAUUUAGGAAGUUUAUUAAGUUCUAUGGUUUUAAAUAUAUUGUUAAUUGCAUUCAAUAUUCGAAAACAUCAAUAUCUUAGUGCUAUGUUGGCUGCUGGAAUACUAUGUGGUUUUUAUGCAUUUAAUGGUUGGAACCGUGUAUUUUUUUCAAAAAAUUCUAAUCGCCAACACAAUCGUACAUUAUAUUUACUUGAUAUUGGUCAUAUGUUUGUUCUUUAUUCACUUGUAUCACUUGUAUUAGUUAGUUUUUAA